AUGGAUUUUGGUCUUGGGUAUUGCCCCAAAAGAGGGGAAAUCAAGGGGAAUCAUUUUCCCGAGUUGAAAAUUGGGUUGAAUCAAGACGCCGUUUUGAUUAUUAAGCUACCAGAUUCGAGGGCUUUAAGGAUUAUGUCACGGUCUUUGUUCUUUGCAAUGGUUCUUUUCAUAUUGCCGUCAAUUGGGUCCAUACUAAGAGGUUCAUUCGAUGUAAUUGACGAUUCUUAUGUGAAUUCUGAUGGGAGGGACUUCAAUGUGUUGCAUAAUCUUUUUCGCGAUUUGGCAGAUGAAGGCCUUGUUAAGAAGGGGCAUAAAGGACUUGUUUUGAGUUCUGAGAAUGAUCAUUUGGUCAAAGAUUUGGAAUUGUUGAAUGACAAUGUGGUUGAUUUGGUGCUUGAUUCGGAUAUGGAUUACAAGAAUUCGAUUCCAAAUGAGACAUUCGAUUUUGCAAUUGCUCAGACUGAAUGGAACAGUAAGUUCAUUGAUCGGGUGCUCAAGAUUGGUGGCAUUGUUAUAACUCAACUCACCAAUGAUCCUUUAGCUGAGCUUAAAGCUCUAGCAAACUACAGAAUCGUGUAUAUUCGACGAUUUGACAAGACUUUGGUGGGAGUUAGGAAAACUGGGGUACGAAAUGCUGAGCUGAAUUCACAGAAAAAGGACAUUGUUUGUGGAAGCACACCUGAGGCUAAGAAAGUUGCAUUGAAAGGAUUAGAGGAUGUGUUGCUCGAACCGCCAAAAAGGGCAUUGCUGAAAUCAUUUUCAAGGAAGAUGAAGUUUCUUCCUGAGUUGUUAGGUGAUUCUCUUGAGAAUUACCCUCGAAGAGUCUUCAUUUCUGAUGAGAAAAAUGGGGUAACAGAAUGGUUUAAGAGGAGCUACCCUGCAAAUAAUCAAGAUUUCGAGAUUUACAACUUGGAUGUUGAAAUCCAAGAGUCAGAGCAAUCAGGGGAUGGAGUAGCCUUAGUUGGGGCAGCAGAAUGGUUGAGCAAAAAUGUGAAGGAAGAGGACUAUGUUGUGAUGAAGGCAGAAGCAGAAGUGGUGGAGGAAAUGAUCAAGAAGAAAGCAAUAUGUUUGGUAGAUGAGUUGUUCUUGCACUGCAGAAACCAAUUGGAAGAAGUUGAUAAUGAUGAUGAUGAAGAGGAAAAUGGAAGCCAAAAGAGGGCUUAUUGGCAAUGUUUGACAUUGUAUGGGAAGUUAAUAGAUGAAGGAGUUGCAGUGCACCAAUGGUGGAGUUGA